AUGGCCUCAGAAGAUAGUGAAAUUUAUAAAAUUUCAAUUUUUGGAAAGGACACCAUUUUUGUGGGCUUGGGAAUAACUUUGGCAAUAGUUGAAGAUUUGAAUAAUCAUCUUUCUGCUUCAAUAUAUGCUCUGCUAACUGAUAAGAACGUUGAAUUAUUAUAUUUACAAGAGUUCGAACAAGUUUUUAAAAGUUUUAAUCUUCGUCUUUUACAUAAAGUAGUAGAGCCUGGGGAGAAAAGUAAGAGCAGGGGUUUAAAGGCAGAUAUAGAAGACUGGCUAGCUAAGGAAGGCUGCCUAAAGGAUACUGUCCUCAUAGCUUUUGGUGGGGGAGUGAUAGGCGAUCUUACCGGCUUUGUAGCUGCGACGUAUAUGAGGGGCAUUCGUUACGUUCAGAUUCCAACCACGCUUCUAGCCAUGGUCGAUUCAUCCUUUGGCGGUAAAACGGGGAUCAACACGCCUUACGGGAAAAAUCUAGUUGGUGCAUUUCACCAGCCCUCUCGCGUUUAUGUUGAUCUUUUAUAUUUAAAUAGUUUAUCUAAAAGACAUAUCUCUAAUGCUGAUUUCAAGAUUAUUAAAUUGGCGGCUGUGUUUGACUCCGAAGCGUUUGCCUACUUGGAAUCUCACUCGGAGCAAGUUUUUCAACGUGAUACGAACGUUCUUCUUUACAUUGUAACAUCGAGCAUAAAAAGAAAGGCGGCGAUUGUUACUGAGGACAUAAAAGACAGCGGCCUCCGCAACAUCUUGAACUUCGGCCACAGUGUGGGACACGCUCUUGAAAUUCUCGCGCCCUUUUGCCUACUUCAUGGAGAGGCAGUGGCUAUUGGGAUGUUCAAGGAAGCUGAGAUUUCACGGUCCCUUGGCUACUGCCGUCAAGCAACCGUGAACCGCCUAUCCUCGUGCUUAAGUUUGUAUGGUUUGAAGACUGCAGUACCGACGAACCUGAAUGUCACUGACAUCAUGCGGUACUUGAGAAUCGAUAAGAAGAAUACAACUACUGGCCUGCGGCUGAUUAUGAUCAAAAGCAUCGGCGGUGUUGCCUCGCCUUUCCUUCACGUGGUAGAUGAUACCCUCGUUGAGGUGGCAUUGUCUAGUCUUAUAGAGGUGAAGCCUAAAGAAGCAAUCCACGGUACUGUCGCCGUGCCCGGCUCCAAGUCCAUCUCGAACCGGGCUCUUUGCCUAGCAGCCCUCGGAAGCGGUCCCUGCAUGGUGAAGGGCAUCCUCCAUGCCGACGACACGCUUGUCAUGUGCCAAGCACUGCAAGCCCUGGGAGUGAGGAUCACCAGAGCUCAAGCAGAUGACUGCUCCCUGACUGUGCAUGGCGUUAACGGGCAGCUGAGCCCUCCUAAAUCCGGAAUCUAUGUGGGAAGCUCGGGUACUACCGCACGCUUUAUAACCUCGUUGGUCACGUUGAUCGUAGACGAGUGCGAAGUCGUCAUAACGGGGAGCUCCCGCAUGAAAGAAAGACCUAUUGGUCCUUUAGUGGAGGCCCUACAGAGCACAGGCGCCAGAAUCGAAUACAUGGAACAACCCGGCGCACUGCCUAUAAAGCUUCACUGUGGGGGCGGGUUCAAAGGCGGCACCGUUGAAAUCCGCUCGGACGUCAGUAGCCAGUUUUUUUCUUCUCUGUUGCUCUGCGCGCCGCACGCCAAAGAAGAGACAACUCUCUUGUUUUCCUCUUCGAAGCGGGUUUCUCAGCGCUACAUCGAUUUGACUCUCCAAGUAAUGCACGGUUUUGGCAGCGUAGUGGAGGCCCUCCCCUCCGGCUAUGUGGUCCCCAAGUUGCCUUACCUGAACCCGCCUGUCUUUAUAGUGGAAGGUUACUGGCUCUUUGCUCUUCUCGGGCCCCUUUCCUUCCAUACCCCAUCUUCCACGGGA